AUGGACUAUUCCAGUGAUGCACGGAAUCCUCACAAUUGGCCAGCUUGGAAGAAAAUAUAUCAUACGUUAAUUCCUUGUCUGCUUUCAUUUCUGAUAACAUUAUCCACUUCUGUCGGCGAACCAGCAACCAACAUUAUGGUUGUCCAUUUUAGUAUUUCAAGGACGGUAGCUAUACUUCCUCUGACAUUGUACACACUCGGACUCGCUUUUGGCCCCCUCUUUGUCGCUCCGUUGUCAGAGGUUCUGGGUAGAAGAUGGGUGUAUAUUAUUAGUUCAUCAUGUUUACUUGCUUUUGCGGGUGGUGCAGCUGCAACACAAAGCUUUGCAACUCAUCUUAUCUGCCGAUUUUUCUCUGGCUUUCUAGGAUCUGCAGCAAUCGCAAUGGGAGCGGGGACACUGGUUGAUAUAUGGGCAUUGGGAAAGCAUGGCGGGAUAGCCGGGUUGUGCUUUAUUCUCGGUCCCUUCUUAGGGCCUACCCUUGGUCCUAUCAUUGGCGCAUACAUUCUUGGUGAUCACAAUAACGACUGGCGUUGGACACAAUAUAUUGUCCUUAUGAUCGGAGCACCCAUCUGGCUUGGAACGAUCCUGAUGAAGGAAACGUGCAAGGCAUCCUUAACUCGGACACCGGGGCAGAAGCUUACGUGGAAUACGUUUACUACAGUACUUGUGCAGUUCAGCCUAGUUCGACCGCUUCGCAUGCUCUUCAUAGAAGCUAUCGUCCUUUCACUAACUAUUUGCACUGGAUUUGCCUACGCGGUGACCUUCAGCUACUUUGAAAGUGCGACAUACGUCCUUCAGCUCAACUACGGCUUUGACAUGAAGCAAGUCGGCCUAGAAUUCAUCAGUGUUGUGAUAGGAUACCUACUGGCUGCUUUUUUCUUCGGCUUGUUCGAUAAGUUGUUUUAUGCCCGCACUCUCAAAGCAGCAAAUGGCGAAAUGCCAGCACCGGAACAUCGACUCUACUUUGCCUUGAUGGGUAGUAUCCUACUACCCGCUGGCCUAUUCUGGUAUGCUUGGGAAGCUCACCCAGGAGGCCACUGGGCUGCUCUCAUUGCCGCCGGUAUCCCAUUCGGAAGGGGAGCAUUUUCGCUCUUUCUUUCCACGAUUACAUAUAUGUCUGACGUCUAUCAAGCUGGCGCUGUAGCAUCGGCACUCGCAGCAAAUGGUACCUUUCGCUACUCCCUUGGCGCCACAUUCCCGUUGUUCACGCUCCAAAUGUAUAAGAAACUCGGUACCCACUGGGCUAGCAGUCUUUUCGCUUUCAUAUCGCUUUUGCUAUUCCCGUUCCCAUGGCUUCUCUUUCGGUAUGGCCAUGUUCUACGAGCUAAGAGUCAUUUUCCUGCUUCCACUGCGGGGAGAGCGAAAUUCUUUGGUUGA